UAAAAACAAUAAUAACUGUGAUCUCCUAAAACACAAAUGACUUCAUAUACAUCUUCGUAAUGAGGUAAUGAGUAGAACGUUUCUUUCACCACAGUUUUAAAAACAGUAGCGUGCGUCACCGCCAAGUGGUGACGACAGAAUCACAGCAGUUUAUCGGACCAAUCGGAAGCGGCCGUUUCAGUAACCUAAUCAGCCCAUCAGCACGCAGCCCUCAUCACAGAGCCGCUGCUGGCCGAGUGGAUGCUGGUGGAGAAGAGAAGGCGGAUGAGUGAGUCCAGGAGCGAGGAUACAUCGUAUCAGAAAUCAGGAAACUGGUGUUUAAUGCGUUGUUUUGCGGGUGUGUUAGAGGUUAUCCGCACUUUUCAUCCUCUUUGCGCGUCCUGAACGAGCGACACACGCUCACGUGAAAGCCUGCAAACACUGUGGACUGUGGAGAGCUGGAAAGUUUUGGACGCACGUUGGAAGUUUUUUCUUCCUUGUUUUUUCAUCCCAACAUGAUCGGCUCGUUAAUGACACCCUCGAUGAGCUGUGGCAUGUUUUCUGGCGCCUCGCUGGCUUCAAGUCCCCGUCCUGGUUUAACGUGGUUCUGACGCAAGCUUGAAGGAAUCACAGAAGCCCCGAUGAAGACUCACAUUUUUAAGAUUCAUUCUCCCUGGAAAUGGCAAGCCGUGCCAUAUUGAUGGAGCGGGCAGCGGUUCUGAUAAGCAGUGUGUUGAUCCUAAUUAUCGGCUUGUGUGUCGGAUCUCCUAACCACAGCCGUCGGCUGGUCUGCUGGAAAGCCAUCCUGAAGUGCCACGGAGAGCCGGAGUGCCAUUACGCGUACGACCAGUACCUUUACGCCUGCGCUUCUGUCAUCAAUGGGGGUCGUAAGAAGUGUCCCAGCCACUGCAUAUCCUCUCUCAUUCAGCUCAAUCUGACCCAAAGCGGUCCGGCUCUGGAGGACUGCGACUGCGCAGCGGACCCGGUGUGCAGGGGCACCAAACGGGCCAUCGAGCCGUGCCUGCCGCGGACCCGCACCAUGGGCUGCACCGAGGCCCGGCGGCAGUGCGAGGCGGACAUGCCCUGCAGCUCUGCCAUGAAGGAUUACUUGUACCACUGCAGGAAACUCUUCGGAGGGGAGAGGUGCUCGGAGGGGUGCCUCAAGGUGAUCGCCAACAUGCGCUCCAUCCCGAAAGCGCAACAGCUGGACACGUGCGUGUGCGACGGCACGGAGAGGAACAUUUGCGAGUUUGUAAAAGUCAGCAUGAAGACCCUCUGCUCGGAUCCCAGCGAUGGGUUCGCGGGAAGCGGCUUCUCGGACACCGAGGACGACACUGAUGACGACCCCAACGGGGCGGUGGAUUAUCCGUACGCGGAGAGCUCGAGUGACUCCAAACCUGGUCAGGCUGUGAUGAAUGUCCUGACCACCAUUUUGGUUUUAACCAGAUUGAUCUGAAAAAAAAGGGGGAAAAAAAAGAAAAAGGAACACUGCUGCCAUGAACACCAGAAAUCCACUCAGCAGCCAUUCUGGACGAUUCAGCUCUAAAAACUGGCACAAAUUAGCACAAUUCAAGACAUUUUCUGUUUGCUAAUCACGUCAAAACUGUGUGUAUCAGAUCAAUUAUGUUUCAGUUACACUUUCAGAAAUGUUGAGAUCGUGCUGAAGAAUCCUGUAUACAGAUACAUUGUACAGUAUAUUGUAUAAACUUGUUUUUUUUGUUUGUCAAAGUAUUUGUUUAUGAGAUGAGAUUUGCACUGUAUGAGUAGGUGAGUCACACUAUUUUACUGCGUUAUGACCACAGAGGAGGAGAAAUGUUCUCUCUAAAAGUGCCUACAAGUCUUUUUUUUUUUUCCAAAAUAUAUAUAUCCUCACCAUGAUGUGACCAUAUCAGAGGCGUGCUGUGAAAGCACAGCAGUUUUUCUUUUACCAGCCUUACAGAGACUUUUUUUUUCCUUCCCACAACCCCUUCAUUAGAGAAACCAAAGUUGAUGUUUGAAGCCGCUGUGAUGUGUCUUAACUCCCACAGGCCAGAUACCUGCAACAAGAAAAAGCUCUUAAAGAGCGAAACACUUGACUUUGUAAACAUGGAUGUUUGCCCAAGGUAUCAAGUGUUAACUCUGGAAAAAACAACAAAAAACUGUUCAAACAGACGGGGGAAAGGUGAACUCUUCCUCCUCUCUCGGGGGGGAUUUGCAGCACAAAUGGAGCAAAGAGGCGUCGGGUCAGUUUGUUUAUCCUCGCCACAUGUGUUUGUUAGAAGUCUUCAGAAAGACACACUGAGAAAAACAAAAAACGAUGUCUGGGUGAGUGGAGGUAUGAAGUGGCCACUAUGAACACACACCUCUGAAUGUACAUGCACGUGAAAUCAAUAAAUAAGAGUUUUACAGUGAGUCUUGUCAA